AUGCCCGGCUUCGACUUCAGCAAUUACAACCGCAAUGCGGCCCUCCACGCACGCGGAGUACCUCUACCGAAAGCCACAUCGACCGGUACAACGAUUGUAGGCUGCAUAUACGACAAAGGCGUAGUCAUCGCAGCCGACACCCGCGCCACCUCCGGCCCCAUCGUCGCCGACAAGAACUGCGAAAAGCUACACUACAUCUCCCCCUCGAUCUGGUGCGCCGGCGCCGGCACAGCCGCAGACACAGAGUUCACCACCGCCAUCACCUCCUCCAACCUCGAACUACACUCCCUCUCCACAGGCCGCUCGCCGCGCGUCGUCACGGUCAUGACCAUGCUCAAGCAACACCUCUUCCGCUACCAAGGCCAUAUCGGCGCAUACCUCGUCGUCGCUGGCGUCGACCCAACCGGCUGCCAUCUGUUCACCGUCCACGCCCACGGCUCCACUGACAAGCUGCCCUACGUGACCAUGGGCUCCGGCUCACUCGCCGCAAUGUCCGUCUUCGAAUCCUCCUGGAAAGGCCAACUCACGCGCGAGGAAGCCAUCAAGCUGUGCGCCGAGGCGAUCGAGGCUGGUAUCUGGAAUGAUCUGGGCUCCGGCUCUAAUGUGGAUGUGUGCGUGAUUGAGAAAGACAAGCCAACACAAUUACUGAGAAACUACAUCACACCGAACGUAAGAGUCAAAAAGGAGCGGGACUACAAGUUCGCGAAGGGCACGACGGCGGUACUAAACGAGAAAAUCAUCACAAAGGAGGAGCUGGGGCGGUAUGUGACGGUGCAUGAGUUGGGGUCCGGCAGCGACACUGAUAGCAGUAGCGUGGUCGUGGUGGAGAAGAUGGAUGUGGAUGAUGCGUAG